AUGCCCAGGCGACUACCCCAUGGCACUCGGUCAUGGGCCUACUAUCUGCCACUCGUGGCUCAGCCACUCAAUGCACCUCGCGUUAGUUUAUUCGACGAAUGGAUCGAAUUGUUGGACGGGAACUCUACUCGUAGAUCGUAUUGUGCGGCACCUGGGCUGAGCACCUCACUCAGCGCCAACGUCCAACGUGUUGCGGCCAGCAUUUCCCAGAUUCUCCCCACAUGGUGCAUCCACCGAAGCCCCGUUUCUAUUCACACUGGACGAACCUCGAAGGCAUCUCCAAUACCCAGAGCAGCACCAGCACUGCAGAUACCUCCGUUCUAUUCGGUUUUUCGCCUUAUCGGUCCUAAUCAGCUCCCCAACUUAUCUCAAACGAUCCAUCCUGCUCCGGCAACACACUUCUCCGCCUUCUCGCCCAUCUGCUAA